AUGACUUGUUGGAGGUGGAAGCCUCGGGUGGAGACGCGGCACCCGCUGGGUUCUGCAAGGGGAAGUCAGUCGGGAGGGCCCCGCCAGUCCGGCCCCAGCCUGCAGGGGGCCGCGGGCUCCCGCGCAGCCGCCGUGUGCGCCCCGCGGGCGGGGACCCCGCUUGGGGUGAGGGGAGGUCGGGGCAGGCGGGGCCGCGAUGAGAAGCCGCUGACCCGACCUGACCCCGGCCCUCACUGCCCCGCGCCGCGCCCGGGCGUCCAGGCCUCGGCUGGGCAGCCCCUGGACAGCGCCCGAGGUCCCCGCCCGCCCCGCCCCUCGGUCGCGGACCUGGCCCCGCGCGGACUGGACCCCAGACCCCGACGCCGCGAGCCCAGCCAGCGGGUCUCGGCUCCGCCCAGCCGGGGGCCGGACCUGAAGCGAGGACUCGAGACUGUGCGCCCCGGGCCAGAGCGGCUCGCGGACUCGCCGGGACCCCACGGGUGGCCCUCACCCCACACCCCUCGGCACCUCCCCUGGUUCCGGAGCCGGACGCGGCCCCUCCCCCCGCGGCUCUCACCAGGUCCGGCCUGGGCCGCGGGGCGGGAUCUGUCUCCGGGGGCGCACGGGUGCGAUGAGGGCGCGGACGCGAGCUACCGCCGCUGCCAGUGGUCCCCGAGCGGCCGCCGCCGCCACCGCCUUAUCGCUGCGCCGCCCCCGCCGGCCCCCGCCCCGCGCCCGCCCAUUGGCUCCGCCGCGCCCGGAGCCGCCUCCGGGGCCCGGGCGCCGCCGCCGACCCCCCUCCGCGCUUUGUCUUCCCCUCGCCGCCGUCCCCGCCUUUGUCUGUCCCCCGCUCCGGCUCCGCGCUCCCGGCUGCUCAGCGCCCCGCGGGCCCCGCGCUCGCAUGCCUCGGGCACCGGCCGCGCCGUCUGUCCAUCCCGACGGUGACCUGGCGUGGGGAAACGACGGUGGCGGGGACAGGAUGGAAGGGCCGCGCUCCGCAUCCCACGGGGAGGGGAGGAGUUCAGGCUGCGACGGCUGCGGUCACAGGACACCGGGCACUCCUGGCCUGUUUCCGGGAUAACCGGGCUGGGCCUGGGCCAUUCACUGCUUCGGUUUCCCCCGGGUGGCCUCGCGCGCAGGCACGGGCGCCCCAUUCCCGCCCAGAGCUUUGGGGCCUCAGAGACCCAGCCGGGGCGACCCCGGAGCCUGGCCCAGGGUCCCUCUGGCCGCCGAGUCCUCCUGCCGCCAGGGGCCGCCCCCGCCCCCUUGCGGCCCACGAGGCUGGAGGCAGCGCCCGGGCACGCGAUAUCCAGGCCCGGCCGCGAGGCUGCGGGGAGCCUGGGGCGCUGGCUCGCCGCGGAGCCUGCACGAGGACCCGGCGGCUCCACCAGCCCUUGGCGCCUCUGCAACCCUGUGACGGGCUGGGGAGGCCGCUAUGCGUGGUUCCCGGAGCACCCGACCCCCGAGGCUUCAAGUCCUCACGUGUUUCUGGGGCGGAAUUCUGUGGGCAGCAACCGCGACCCCUGGGGGCCGCCCCUCCAACAAGCGCGCUUCAUUUCUCACGGGGAAGCCGCGGCCCAGAGAGCUGAGAUGACAGAGAUCGGGCCGCAGAGCUGCUCCCUCCCUGCAGCCGCACAGCAGGCCAGAGGCAUAGCAGGCGAGAGACAGAAGGCGAGGCCGGCGCCUUCCUGGGCACCAGGGACCGAGUGGCUUGGCCUGAAAUCAGGCUAGAAGCUGCUCCGGGAAGCACAGUCCUGCGCCCAGAGCCUUCCCACACUGUGGCAGGAAUAGCACUGGCGGCCCACGCGCUUGACAGGGAACAGAACAGCUCCCGCCCGAUGCCUGGCAGGGGAAGCAGGGAGGCUGCAGCUUCCCCAGCGCCCAGCUGUUUCCCAGGCUGGCGGGCUCCACGCACCGGCUCCGUGUCUCCUCUCCAGCCUUCUGUUCUCUCUAGAGGAAGAUCUGCGUUUUGCCUGCACUGUGGGCCGACUCUCUAGUGGGGAGUGUCAGACCCUCUAAAGUGGCUGCCUCUCGGGAAAGCUUCCACACCUGUCCGAUUCUCCAAAGGGGCUGCUUGAUGCAAGAAACAGGAAGACCGGGGGCACCAUGAGCAGGGCUCACUGCCACUGGGCACAGUGAGGCCCCAGCACCCUGCCCAGGACGGGCCUGUGGGCUGAGCUGCAGAUGGGCAUUGAGGAUGCCCCGACAGCAAGGUGCAGAAGGCAUCCGGAAGCAAAGGAAACUGAUAACCAGCGUUAAAACAAACAAACAAAAAAGGGAACUUGGCUCAGCGGUGGCUCACGCCUCUAGUCCCAGCACUUUGGGAGGCAGAGGCAGGCAGAUCACAAGGUCAGAAGUUCGAGACCAGCCUGGCCAACAUGGUGAAAUCCCAUCUCUACUAAAAAUACGAAAAUUAUCCAGGGGUAGUGUGUGUGCCUGUAAUCCUAGCUACUUGGGAGGCUGAGGCAGGAGAACUGUUUGAACCUGGGAGGUGGAGGCUGCAGUGAGUCAAGAUGAAGCCAGUACACUCCAGCCUGGGUGACAGAGCGACUCUGUCGGGUGGGGGGGCGGCAGGGCAGGGCAAAGGGAACUUGAGGUUUAAAGCAGGGGGAGGAGGGCCGGAAAUGAGGCCCCCUACUCCUCCCUCACUCACCCCAGGCCCCAUCCUAGCCCAAGGUGGGUGUCAUUCCCUUCGCCUUAGCCUCUCACUGCCCAAAGAAGCUUACUUUUCUUCUUUAAACUGCUGUUAAAAUUGGGGAGGAAAUGGAAAGCAAGGGCAUCUGACGGUUCAGAGCAGCUUUAGGUUAGAGGGCAUUUGAGGUGCCUGAGCUGGGGGAGGGCCUUCCCCCUGAGGGACUGGGAGAAGGGUAAGCCGUGUGCCCUGGAAGCACUGCAGGGAGACUCAUAUUUGCACCCCCUUGCUCACACUCACUGGCGCCAGCCAGGAUGGCAGGGACGGGCGGGGCUGGUUCUUAGGUUUCCUGCUCUUUGGGUGCUAGCACCCAGGGUAGGAGACACCCAGGUCAGGUUGCAUGACAAACCCUUCUACCUCCUUUCUUGCCAAAGGCCGCCAGCAUCCUCUGCCUCAAUCUCAAUCUUUGGACAUUUUUAGCUCCAAAGUGGUUUGAUGGCCACAGGCUAAAAUUCAUAGUCUUAAAAUUUUAGUUAAGAGACAGAUCUGUUAUGGGUUUUCAAAUAAACUGGUCUAUCUAAUG